AUGGAACAUAAAAGCAAAACCUGUGGUGAAAAUCUGAGAAAUCAAGAUGUCCUGAAUGAGGACAGGAUCAGUGACUUGCCUGAAGGUUUGCUUAUGCAGAUAUUAUCUUCACUUGCAACAAAAAAUGUCAUAGCGACGAGUGUUUUGUCUAAAAGGUGGAGAUCUCUUUGGAAGAAAGUGCCAAGCAUCAAGUUUGAUUCUUGGUAUCACAAAACUGAACCCCAUAGGUUUUCAGAGAUUGUUUACAAGUCUUUGCUUUCAUAUAACUCUCCGGUUCUAGAUAGUUUUUAUUUGGUAGAUAUAUGCGUAUCUGAAGUUUCAGAUGAUAUCACAAUAUGGAUUGGAAUUGCAUUUGCACGCCAUGUGCGUAAAUUAGUACUGAAGCUGCUUUUAGAUGAAAAGUAUUACGGCAACUUGAUUAGAUUUCCGAGUGUUUUCUGUAACUGUAAUAACACACUCGAUACCUUGGAAAUAAGUAAGUUAUUUCUUUUAGACUUUCCUUCUCGGGUCGGUUUGAAGUCCCUUAAAAAGCUGCACCUUAGCUAUGCGAACUUCAGAGACGACGAAUCUGUUUGCAACCUUUUAUGUGGUUGCCCUAGUCUCGAAGAUUUGGUUGUGCAGCGAAGGGGCAGUUAUGAUGGGGUGAUCACUUUCACUAUUGCGGUGCCAUCAUUACAGAGACUAACCAUAGUAGAUACAUUCCGAGGAACAUGUCGGGGAGGCUAUGCGAUAAACGCCCCUUCUUUGAAAUACUUGAACAUCAAAGGAGUCGGGUUGUUAAGUUUUUCGUUAUUUAGGACUCAACGCACCGAGUCGUAUGGGUUUUGUCUUAUUGAGAAUGCUCCAGAACUGGUGGAGGCAAAAAUCACUGGCUUUACUGAUAUAAAUUUACACAACGAAAACAUUUUUGUAUCUCUAACUUCAGCCAAACGUCUUUCCUUCGACUUUUCACCCUUCAAGAUCAAGUGUCCUACUGGUAUUACCUUCUAUCAGCUGGUAUCUUUGGAGCUGAAUACAAGGAAAAGUGAAUGGUCGAUUCUACUUGCGCGCAUGCUCGAUAGUUCUCCUAAAUUGCAAAUCCUCAAGUUCGUCAACAACGUAUACUUGUACCACGACAACAAAGUAUCCACUUUUCCAUUGGCCGGGGAAUGGGAGCAACGUCCUAAAUGUGUACCAGAAUGUUUGUUGUUCCAUCUUGAGACACUCGUGUGGACAGGAUACAUAUGGGAUCGUAAAGAUGAUAGAGAAGUGGCAACAUACAUUUUAAAGAACGCAAGACACUUGAAGAAAGCAACCUUCUACACAGAACCCAUCCAGCUGGAAUAUUUCCAAACGUUGGAAGAGAAACAUGAGAUGCUCAACGAGUUGGCUAGUGUAGUUAGGGCUUCAAGUUCAUGUCACCUCGUCUUCGAAUCAUCCAACUAAUCUCUU